AUGAUGCUCUACAAGUUGGUCGUUCUUGGUGAUGGUGGUGUAGGCAAGACCGCCCUUACUAUUCAGCUUUGUUUGAACCACUUUGUUGAGGUAAACAUCCAUCAUGCAAACAAAACAACCGAUUCUUACCGAAAGCAAGUCGUGAUUGAUGAUCAACCAUGUGUGCUUGAAGUAUUGGAUACAGCUGGCCAAGAGGAAUACACUGCUUUGAGAGAUCAAUGGAUCAGGGAUGGUGAAGGUUUCCUUUUGGUGUACUCUAUAACAGCUCGUUCUACCUUUGAGCGUAUUGAGCGUUUCCGUGAGCAAAUUUUCCGUGUCAAGGAUGUGGACAAUGUGCCCAUGAUGUUGGUUGGCAACAAGUGUGACCGAGUGACUGAGCGUGAGGUGACACGUGAGGAAGGCAUGAUGAUGGCAAGACGAAUGGGUUGCGAAUUUAUCGAGACAUCAGCAAAGACCUGCGUCAACGUCGAGCGUUCCUUUUACCAAGUGGUCAAGAUUAUUCGUGCUCAACGUGAAGGUCUCCGUACCGGUCCCAAGGGCAAGAGCAAGAAGGAAGGCAAAAAGAACAAGUGUUUGAUUCUGUAA